UCUUAAGAGUACAAGACUGCCAUUCUGCUCAGGUCCUACGACUAGCAAUAAAACAGACCUAAUCCAGUGAGAAAUGAUUCGUCGAUCGAUGUCGAAUCGACGUCUAUUCGACGGUGCCGAUGUCAAUUCGACAUCGUUUCGAUGUCGAUCGACGAGUCAUUUCUCGCUGAGAAGCGUUUACGGAUCGUUCUCUGCCGUCAGCCUUAGUUUCUAUAGCAUAUACUUCUUUUCUGAAAUAAGACUCGUGCUUUUAUUCCAGGUUUGAUGUAAAUAUUCAAGAAUUUGCUCAGUCAUCAUUGUAUUGUCUAAUUGUGAAAUAAGAUCAAUAUUCCCCGUUCGACGCAGAGGUUCGAGGACUUGCCACUCCGUGAUUCUCGCAUUUUACCAGAAGAUUCGAGACGUUUCGCUCGCGCUCGUCUCGAAAACGCGAGACCAUUCUCGACGCAUGCGCCACCGUAUAUAUACACCGGCUGCGUGCCGAUGAGACCAGUCGGCUAUUAGCGAGUGAUCAGCUAACAUCACUAGAGAGCUGUAACAAGCGACUUGGUUCUGUACGCAAAGUCGAGUCGUAUUUUACUUGGAGCGUGUCGCAAAUCAUUGUCGGCGAGAAAACUCCGGCGAGAUGUCUCUGUUACCAUUCAUACUCUGCGAAUUGGAGGACAAGAUGCGCCACUCUCACCUGGGUCAAAUUGUUCAUCCGGAACUUCGCCGACCGAGCCGGCUGGCAUUUCUGCCCGAGGAUAAGACUUUCAGUUGCCACUGUCAGAUGAUGGGACCGCAGACGAUACGAAAUAAAACCAUGGAUGAGCUCAUGGUCAGAAAUGCAUUGGAACUGGCGCUAGGGCCUAAGGAGAGUGAGAGUCCGCGCGCACCUUUCGUCGUCGAAAAGGACGACUUCCACGUGGCAGUGGACGUGCAGCACUUCAAGCCGGAGGAGAUCGACGUGAAGACCGUGGACGAUCACCUCAUCAUCACGGCCAAACAUGAGGAAAGACGGGACGAUCACGGCUGGGUAUCCCGUGAAUUCGUCCGCAGGUACAAACUACCAAAAGAUGUCAACGUCAACUAUCUGAUAUCCAGUCUGUCCUCCGAUGGUAUUCUGACGGUUGCUGCUCCUAAGAACCAGCGACUGAAGGAUGAAAUUGAGAGGUCGCUACAAAUCGAGUUCACUGGAAAGCCCUUCGUGAACACGCAGCCGAAGACGGAGCAGAGUGAGAACGAGAAGAAAACGAAAUGAGACAUUGACUCUUGAAAAUAUUAACUGUGCGUUAAUUGAUUAAAUUUCAAUAUUGUGUUCCUAUUACAAUCCUACAGAUGUACAAUGGAUUGUUAGACCGAUGUAAACUUAAAUCAUUUGCCUUACAAAACCUUUGUGAUAUUACAAUUACAUUUAUGAGAGCAUUCCUGAGUGUUACGAUGCAUUUAGAGAUUAUUCAUUUAACAAGUUAUUCUAAUAGAUUGUUAGCUGAACCAAUAAUAUUUAUUACUCCUAAAUUAACUAUACUACUGCAUAAAAUAGGAUUUAUGACAUCCAGUGUCACAAAUUGUUCCAUUUUUAUUUAUUGCGAAAUUUUGUAAGCAACUUUUACGAUAAGAUAGGAUAGAUGUGCUAGAAUUUAUUUAUUGAGAUGUAUUCAAGUAAUGUUACUAAUUAGAUGAAAAGCGAAAUUUUUAUUUUUAUCCAAAGUAUAGGAAAUUAAUGAUUGUAAAACUGAUGUAAGUUUGUUAUAAAAUUAUAAACCUGAUGUAAAAUUAUCUGUGAAAUAUAAAAAUGUCUUUUUUAA